AUGAUCUCCUUCCUCGACUUGCCACCGGAAAUACGCCUGCCCAUCUACGCCCACUUUCUUGACGAACAUACUCGCAUCCACCGCAAUCGCCAACCAAACAACGGCCAUUAUCGUCUCUUGCAUGUCUGUAGAGCAACAUAUUAUGAGGCUCGUCCGACUUUCCGGACAUAUGUCUCGUUGGCGUACGAGAGGCAAAUAAACGCCUUCAUACGUUGUGUGGACCCUGAAGAUCUUGCGCACAUUCUCUGGGCCGAUGUCGCUAACGAUGGUCGAUACCUGUCAAAUGUCGACCCUCGUCUUCUACAGAAUUCUAAGGAGAGCAGCAGCGAGGUCAUUAACAGGCCUAUAUCGAACCUUCACCUUGCGCUCCGAAGGAUGACAUCGCUGCAGCGCCUGCGAACAUUCGACUGCCGGCAUGGCGCUCCAGCUGCCCCCAGAAUAGGGUCAUCUCUCAGGAUGUCGUUCGAAUUAUGUCUCUUCCCGGAUGUUCGUCCAGAUAACCUAGUCUCCUACGAACUCUACCUCGACCCCACAACCCAAGCCUCCAUCUUCCAAACCGUCCCCAACGCCAAGCUCCAAAAACUCCGUCUAUCCGGCGACUGUCGUCUCCCGAAGAAAGAGCCGACGCCUUCCCUCCGCUCGCUGAACCUCCACGCCAUCACCUCGAACCAUUUCGACGUCCGUCCCAUAAAUGACACCUUCCCCGAUUGUCAUCUCGACUCGUUCGCGUACUCUAUGGGCCACAGAAUGGGAUUCGAGAUACGGGAUGCACAACUUCGGUCGCUGGUACAGGGAAUAGGAUCCCGUCUUCGGAAACUCGUCCUCCUGGGAUGUAAAAGGCUGACGACCUCGGUGAUCUCGGAGUGUCUUUGGGAACUGCCAGGGCUGGAAUGUUUCGCGCUCUCGUUGAUCACGCACGAUGAAUUGCGGUCAAAUUUUGUUUCAGCGUUGGCAUCAAGCGUGCGAGUGGUCAAAUUACAUGUGGUUGAGGGGAAAUGGACCCAGCCAUUUGUAGAGGAGGAGAAUGCGCUAUGCGAUGGUUUAGAAGAAAAGAUGAAGCAGGAGCCAGCGUUGAGCAUUCUGCGUCUUCACUUCCGCGAAUCUGUCAUGGUGUCGGGCGGCAGAGCAGCGAGGUGGAAGGAGAUAGCAGCCGAUGAAAGGCUUGACCUUAGAUGGGGGAGCUGGGAAACCGAUGAAGAAGUGUAG